UAUAUAGAUAUACAUACUGCUCUUCUUAGUGAUCUUUACCCAUCAAGAGGGAUUCAUCAGUUAUCAUUCCAUCUUAUUUUCAGGGCACUUUUCAGCAUCUGCAAUGUGUUAGAAAGCAGCUGUGAUCGUUUUGCCACCCUGGGUCCUCCCUCCAGUGCUAGUCCAUCCCUUUGUAGAAGUGGGAAGAAAAAAAACAGGAUGGGAACAGAGAGCUAUUGAAUUGCAGAGAACCAGACUCAGUUUAAUUCUCACAUCUGACUUCUGAGUCUCUCUGCCUUUGCAUACCAAAUGCCUUGCAUUUCACGUAGGGUUUUGGAUGUGAUUCCUACAUUUCAGAAAAUUACUUAAUGAGUAGUCACUGUGUACUUUAGACAGUUCCCAAAUGAAGAAGACAAGAGGUUUGCACUUCAGAACAUCUGUACUUAGGCUAAAGCAGGCAUUCCACUGACUCUUUACUCCAAACUUGCAUGGACUAGCAUCUAGUGGAAGAUGGCUUUAUCUAUAGUAAGUAAACCAAAAAGGGGAUAAUGUUAGCUCUUUUUCUUAAGUGGAACUGAUGCUGGGAGCCCUCAGCUCUCCCUUCUGCUGCCACUGGCCCCAGAGAGGGCUAGCUGGACCUUAGCUGGCGUUUGACCUUCUCAAGCAGCCUGGAGCCCUAGACUUGGGCUGCCCAUCCUGGGGUUUGCUCAGUCAUUGAGCACCUGCUGAAGCAUCAAAACCCUCCAUGGCUUUGGCAGCAUUUCCCUGUCUUCCUGGUCUCAGUGGAAACGGGUUCCCUGCUGCUGGACAUGUGCUGGGUGUACCUGUGCCUGCAGCCCCAGCAUGUGCAGUGCUUUGGGCACAUGACUCCUUCGUCAUUUACAGCUCUGGCCAAGCCGUCAGACACCACUCCAGAAACUUGGUUCCCGUUUCCUCUGCUUCUUUUGACAUCCAGGAAAGUUUAUUUCCACAAACCCACAGCCUAAUGUGUAAAUGCUCUCCUGAGCCAAGGACAAACAUUCGGCCUGCUUCCUAAGAAGUAAAACCUGAGUGCUUCUCAUUUGAGAUGUACUUGUUUCCAGUUUGGUCUCCUGGGAGAAUUGCUCCACAUGACAGCCUGGGAAGGUGAGAACCUGUCUGUGUCCUUCAACAAAAGAGGAGCUGGAGCUCUUAAGUUUCUGGCUGCUGGUGCAGGACAGUCCAGGCUUUGGGAAGGAGAAUUACCUGGAGCUGGGGAGGAGGAGGAACAGGAUCCAUUUUGAAUGGGGGAUGCCUGUUGAGUGUGUGCUCGCAGGGGACUUUACCAGGGCUUACAGGAGAAUAUGGAGGGGUUUGGGCAAUAAGCCAAGCCAGGCUGGGUUGUAUGAAUCUCAAACAGAAAAUACCAAUUUGCAAUGCCUCAUAACUCAGUUGAACCCAAAAAGGGCUUCACAGGGCCAGGGAAAGGUUAACACUUCCACAGCAGCCCUGUCACGUCUCACCUCCUAACCAAAACCAUGGAGCCCUAAAAACCCCUCAAGAGACAUUUGCAGGGAUCUUAAGUGAUGGGAAGGGUUAGGUGUAACUUGCUAAUUGUAAAGGCUCACAUUGCAAGCUUUGAUUUCAUACAUGUUAAAAUUUGAAGGCAGAUUUGUGAUCCUCUCAUCUGGCCAUAACAGUUGCUAUACUGAGCCUAAUAAUGAGUGUGUCAAUUCUCUUACACAUUUUAGUAAAGUCUUCACUGUCUAAGUGACAGAAACUUCUCCCUCAGUGGUUGAUUAUGUCUCAUGAAAUAUCACUAUUUGUUUCUGGCUUUGUUUGUUACCACAUAUUCAGUGGUUGGAAUAAGUAUGGAGUGGGUAUCCCUUUCAAAAAGGGAAGUUUCCGUUUGUUGGCUGUAUGCAAAUUCCCUGACUGGCUUCUCUGGGAAGAAGAUGGUAAUUGUCAUUCCAGGGUUGCUGGAAAACUGAAGCAAGACCUGUGUGCUGCGUUAUCAUUCUGGCUUCUUUGGUGUGGGAGGCGUGGGUGGUAUCCCUGUGGAAUGCAGGGAGCAGUGACAUUGGUAGCGUGCUUCUGCUGCUGUGCCUUCAGAGCUGAGCUAAUACUUGCAGGUUGCCACCAUGGUGUGAGUCAAACUUGAGUUAAAUUAGGAUCACCUUACGUACUACAACCUUUUGUUUCAUGUAAGAAAUGUUGAUUCUGGGUGCUUAUCUAGAAUAGCAUCAGUGUAACUGGCUGAAUUAGCAACCAAAGGCCAAAGCGUGACAGAAAUAUGAGGCUGUAAAACAAGUCAGCGGGUGGGGAUUGGGAGUGGGCUCUGCCUCCAUUAGGUCAGUUAUAAACCAUUAUCAGCUAUUUUUCUAUUAAAGAAGAGGUCUCACUUAAUGAAUUGAUGUGUCUGGGAAUUAAUGUUGGAUGAGUCCCCCCGGGGCUUUCAUGAUGAGGGUCAAAUAAAAUAUUAAUGGAAUUAAAACAAACAAUCCCCUGAUUUUCCUAAGUACCUUCCGGAUGGGUUUCUCUAAGCAUUGGUCAGGGAAGAUGUGGAGCCUCAGGAGAGACAGGCCGGUGUCAUUACUCUCAUUUCAUGGUCAGGCAGAUGAAGGCAGUGGAAAGCACUGACCCUGGGGCCACACAGUCCAGCAACAGGGCUGCACAGGAGGUCUGAGAGUUCUCCUGUUGGGUGCUUUUGCUCAGAUCCCUGUUUUCAGCUCCCUUCUCAGAGAUAUGGAAGUCAUCCAGAUUACCCCUUCACUGCGUGGCUGGAAGCUGAUCUUUCCAGGUGUGGGAUGGUCUUCAGGAGCCCCAAAUCCAUCGGCUUCUUAUUCACAAAAUUUCUCUGUGCUUCCAGAUGAGAAAAUAAAACCCAGUAGUUGUGGCUUUUUUCUCCUGGUGCCUCUUCCAUGGGACGUAUUCCCUUGUCUUCAGAGUGUCCAUUCCAGAGGCUGAGUAUGGCAACUCCAAUAAGAGGCUUGGGAAGGAUAAAGUCUUUUUGGUUAUGUGUAUGCAGUGCAGAGCAGUGCAAAAGGUCUUUAGCUUGCUAGAUUCAAGCAAGCUAACUUCAGGAGCAGUACCUCUGAAUAAUUUCCUCCAGUUCCCAAGCUAACACAAACAUGGUACUUUCAUACUUCAGAGUAGGAACUGUGUGAUAGAACAGGGUAUUAAAUAUCUACAGCAAAAUGCUUUUGGACAUGGCACAAAGCUGUAAAUUGUUCCAGAGGGAUCUCAGAAAUCUGCUGCUGCUGCAAAGUGUAAGGAUGUACUCUGCAUCCCUGGGUAUGACUUGGUCUGGUACACUGAGAAACAUCCAAUGUAUUGAGUAGGAGGAGACCCUGGCAGGUACUCCAGGCUAAACAGAGCUGAUGAUUGUGUCAUGCAAAAGCAAAGAUAAUGUGUUUUCUUGCACCUAUUUGUUUACUUUGGGCAUGGAACAGCCCAAGCAAGACUUGUCACAUUUUAUCCAGAACAUGGUGGUGCUUGAGUGCAUGUGGAUGUGCUCUGGAGAGGGCAGGGCUGUACAGUGCCCUUCAGAAAAGGCCACUUUGCUGAACGACAAGUGACACAGGGCUAGCAAAUGACAGCACAUGGCCAGGUAAGGGCGGUGUAACUUUCUGUCCUGACAACAAGUGAGGAGACAAGCUAACAAAGUCAAAAAAAUUGUAAUUGGGAGCUUUUUAAAGCGCUUUCAUGUUAUUUUUUUCCCCAAGGAAAAUACUAAAAUUAUUCCAGAGGACAGGUAUCCUGAUAAUCAUUCCUUCUUUCAUCCUCCAAAGCAUCAUUAUUGGACCCCGAAUCAUAGAAGUAGAUAAUCACAGAAUGGCUUGGAUUAGAAGGAGCCUUAAAGAUCAUCUACUUCCAACACCCCUGCCAUGGACAGGGACAUCUUUCACAUGACCAGGUUAUUCAAAACCCCAUCCGGCCUGGCCUUGAACACUGCCAGGGUUGGGGCAUCCAUGGCUUCUCUGGGCAACCUGUGCCAGUGCCUCAUCGCCCUCAGAGUAAAGAGUUUCUUCCUAAUAUCUAAUCUAAAUCUGCCCAGUUUGAAGCCAUUAAAAAUGAGCACCUCACAUUGUGCACGUAUCACUCCUAUAGAUUGGAAAUCAGAUAUGGUGGUGGGCAAAUCUUUUCCCACACUGAAUGGAGAGUUUAUUGCAUUCUCGGUAAACAUCCUUGAGUCUCUAAAUAAGGAAACAAUAAUAAUUUUGUCCUAUUCCUAUAGCAAACCACAAAAGGAUGUUCUAUAGUCCACUCAGUCUUUCUCCUCACUCAUCUGCUUGUCUGCCUUUCAGGAUUCAGCGGGAUCUUACUGCGUGGCUGUGUAAGCCCCACUUCCAGAAGAAGUGCCCACCUCCAUCUCCUCGGAAACAGCCGAAGGGGGUUGCGGAGCCAUAAAAAUUUAUGUUUUCAUCAAACCGGGCCAAGGAGAAUGGGGGUCCCACACCCAAAAGAAUGAAGACACGACAGAACAAGGACUCAAUGUCAAUGCGGAGUGGACGGAAGAAAGAGACUCCGGGACCCCGAGAGGAGCUCAGGUCACGGGGUCGAGCUUCCCCUGGUGGCGUCAGCACCUCCAGCAGUGAUGGCAAGGCUGAGAAAUCCCGACAAGCGACAAAGAAGGGCCGGUUGGAGGAAUCCUGCACCCCCAAGAGCAGCAAGCAGGGCCGAACAGAAGAGAUCUCAGAGAGUGAAGGGGAAGACACCAAUGCUCCCAAAAAAACCAAAACUGAGGAGCUGCCCUGUCCUCCAUCCCCAUCUGAUGUUGACAGCCUCGAUGGCCACAGCUUCAACGAUGAGAUGAGCAGCGACCCACGGGACAUUGACCAGGAUAACAGGAGCACCUCGCCCAGUGUCUACAGCCCUGGGAGCGUGGAGAAUGACUCCGACUCCUCUUCUGUGCUGUCCCAGGGGCCGUCUCACUCCUACCACCACCCCCCGCUGUUUCCCGAGAGCCCGCCGGUAGCUCCCCCUCCCGACGGCCUGGCCCGCCCACCAGAGCCCGGCUUUGGGCUCCCGGGCGAGGUGCACCCCCAGGGACCCCCAGCAGGGAGUUACCAUUCCCAGCUGGAGGGACAGGCCUCACGCAUUUUCCAGGCUCAAGCCCCACAGACACCUGCCUCCUCCUCUUCCGCUUCCUCGUCCUCUGCUGUUGCUGCCCCUUCUGCUCCCCCUUCCUCCUCCUCCUCCUCUUCCUCUUCCUCCUCCUCUUCCUCCCACACUCCCCUUUACCCUACGGCCAAUGUGGUCCAGGUUGGGGCCAAAAUUGCCGGUGGUGUGGGGGGGCUCCCCGCACCAGGGGCCCGUGAGCAGACCCUCGGCGCCAAGCACAAUCCACCACCCACCACGCCGAUCUCACUGGCCUCGGUAGGAGGAGGUCUCCCCCCUCAAAAGACACCCCCAGCCAACCCCCCAGCUGCCCCCCCGGCCUCGGCCCCUUCCUUCCCCCACGUCUCCUCCAACCUGCCUCCUCCGCCGGCCCUGCGCCCCCUCAACAACGCAGUGGCCGCCUCCAGCUCCCCGGGCAUGGUGGGGCAGGCCCUGAGCGGCCACCUGCCCUCUCCCCACAGCAUGGGGCAGGACAAGGCACCGGCCCUGGCCCCCUCCCGCUACCCCUACGCCCCGCCACCGCUGCCGCCCUCCAGCUCCUCUGCCCAGUAUCCCCAGCCCUCCCCGGGCCAGCCCCUGCCCAGCUACAGUGCUUCCUAUGGGCACUCCUUCCCCCCGCCCAGCGGCCUCUCUGUCUCCAGCCAGCCCCCCAAGUACACCCAGCCCUCCCUGCCCUCGCAGCCCGUCUGGAGCCAGGGGCCACCCCCUUACAGCCGCCCCCUGGGCAAUGCUGGCUCCCACCCCGCUGCCCCUUUCCCUGGCCAGUCCCCCCAUCACCAGCAGCCGCCCCAGCAGCACCACCACAGUCACGGGAGCAGCGGGGGCGUCUCCCCCGCAGCCACCGCUCCUCCCCAGCCCCCCGGGGGCUAUCCCCACGGCCUGGAGUCCAACAGCCAUCACCCUUCCCACCCCACCUACGGGCUGCGCCUCUACCCUCCGCACAGCCAGGCCGCCUACAGCCAGGCUCCCUCUGCCACUGCGGCCGCUGCCCCUUCUUCCUCCUCUUCCGCCUCCUCCUCUUCCUCUUCCUCAUCCUCCUCUGCUGCCUCUUCCCAGGGAAGCUACCCCAGCAUGUGCACGCACCCUCCGGGGCAGAGUCCUGCCACCUACACUUUUCCCCCGCCACCACCCCCGUCCCCUGCUCAUGGGGCUGGCCCUCCAGUCACCUCUGCUGCCACCACCCUCUCCACCGUCAUCGCCACCAUGGCCUCCCCCUCCGCAGCCCCCUACAAGACGGUCUCGCCCCCGGUACCACCGUCAGCUGUGGCCCCAUAUGGGAAGCGGGCGGCCUCCCCUGUCCCCACCUUCCAGCCCCCGGCCCCCUACAAGCCAGGCUCGCCCCCCACUUCCUCGGCUGCCCCUUUCCGUGCAGCCACCCCUCCUGGCUACCGGGUGGCCUCUUCCCCUGUGGCGGGGGGCUACAAAGCCCCUUCGCCCGCCCCCUCUGCCCCACCACCCUUGCCAGGGAGCAUGGCUGCCCCGGCCCCGCCGCCACCCCCGCUCCCCCUCAGCGCUGCUCAGAUCAAGCAGGAGCCGUCGGAGGAGUACGAGCCCCCGGAGAGCCCCGUGCCGCCUGCCCGCAGCCCCUCGCCGCCCCCCAAAGUGGUGGAUGUGCCCAGCCACGCCAGCCAGUCAGCCAGAUUCAACAAGCACCUGGACCGUGGCUUCAACUCCUGCUCCCGCACAGACCUGUACUUUGUGCCCCUUGAUGGCUCCAAGCUGGCCAAGAAAAGAGCAGACUUGGUGGAGAAAGUGCGUCGAGAGGCUGAGCAAAAGGCCCGUGAAGAGAAGGAGCGUGAACGGGAACGGGAGCGGGAGAAGGAGCGGGAGCGGGAGAAGGAACGGGAGCUGGAGAGGAGUGUGAAGAUGGCCCAGGAGGGCCGUCCGGUCGAGUGUUCGUCCCUCGGGCCAGUUCCCCACCGCCCCUCCUUCGAGCAGGGCAGUGCUGUAGCGACUGUUCCCCCAUACCUGGGCCCUGACACCCCGGCUCUGCGCACCCUUAGCGAGUACGCCCGGCCCCACGUCAUGUCCCCCAGCAACCGCAACCACCCUUUCUACGUGCCCCUGGGCGCCGUCGACCCGGGCCUGCUGGGGUACAACGUGCCAGCCAUCUACAGCAGCGAUCCAGCCACGCGGGAGCGGGAGCUGCGGGAGCGGGAGGCCCGCGAACGAGACCUGAGGGACCGGGACCUGCGUGAACGUCUCAAGCCUGGCUUUGAAGUCAAACCGGCCGAGUUGGAGCAGCUCCAUGCCGUGCCAGCUGCUGCCAUGGAUCCGUUCCCACGCCACGGCGGGCUGAGUCUGCAGACGGCCCCCGGCCUUCAUCCCGCUUUUCCCUUCCACCCAGGGCUGGGCCACUUGGAGCGGGAGAGGCUGGCGCUGGCAGCUGGCCCGACCCUUCGUCCAGACAUGUCCUACGCCGAGCGCUUGGCAGCUGAACGCCAGCACGCAGAGCGGGUGGCUGCUCUCAGCAAUGACCCUCUGGCCCGGCUGCAGAUGCUCAAUGUGACACCUCAUCAUCAUCAGCAUUCCCACAUCCACUCCCACCUCCAUCUCCACCAGCAGGAUGCCAUACACGCAGCCUCAGCCUCGGUUCACCCUCUAAUCGACCCCCUCGCCUCGGGAUCACACCUCACCCGGAUACCAUACCCAGCUGGAACCAUCCCCAACCCUCUCCUGCCUCACCCUCUACAUGAGAAUGAAGUGCUGCGCCACCAGCUUUUUGCCGCACCCUACAGGGACCUGCCGGGCUCCCUCUCGGCGCCCAUGUCGGCGGCACACCAGCUGCAGGCCAUGCACGCGCAGUCGGCUGAGCUGCAGCGCCUGGCUCUGGAGCAGCAGCAGUGGCUCCAUGCCCACCACCCUCUGCACGGCGUGCCGCUCCCCACGCAGGAGGACUACUACAGCCACCUGAAGAAGGAAAGUGACAAACCCCUUUAAAUGGACUUCUACUGUCAGUGUGACAUCAUCAUGUCUUUCUCUCAAGAGGAGCAAUCAAUCAACCAAAUCCUGGGGGAGGGGAAGCUGCAAAGUGACACAUCCUGAUCCCACCAUGCAGUAGAGUACAAGAGAAGAUGACAAAAAGUACAGGAUGGCAUCCUGGGAAAAGUGGAGGAGAGAAAAUGGGGAGGGACUGAAACACCACUAAUGGACCUGAAGCUAUCGGUACAUGAUUUCAGCUGAGCUCUGAAGAAAAGAGAAUCGGCAUUGCACAGAGCUCAGAAAGACAAAAGACUGACGUGAAUUCAGGGUGGCAGCAGCUCCAUCCUUUGUUUUGGGGGAACAGUUGCAUUAAAUAAAAAGUGCAGAGCAUUGCAGGACUUCAUGUACAGGAUGCUCCUGCCUUUUCUGCUUCUUCAAGGAGGAGGUGCAGCCAAGAAAUAACUGCAAACCCAAAAGAGCCUUUUUUCAAGAUGCCUCCUCAACACCCCACCCCCCUUUAGGUGUAAGAUACUGCUUAGCGAUACAGAAAAGCAACAUGGAACUUUUUCAGAUUAGCCAGAGCAGCUUCCCAUUCUCCCAACAUCCCUUCAGAUGCAAACAAAGCGUUCCAGGCCCCUUCCUGAGCGGCCUCUCCUGCCUGCGGAGGGUCCUGUCCCAGCCAUCGGGGUGCAAAGCACCGCAGGACUGUUUGCAGGACAGAAGGUGGCUGUGCUUUCCCCAGCUGAUGGGAGCGGGCACGGCCAUGAGGUGCGAAGCACCAGCAGACUGUUUUGGGGACUGCUGUCACCACCGUGACCCCUCUGAGCCCAGUGGGGAGAGCUGGCGUGGCCGAGCGGUAACACCACGUCCUGGGACUGUCUGUAAGAUGGCGGCUGCCUCUUUCCCUUCACCCAUCCUAAUUGAUGUACUUUAACUCAUGCACAUCCUAUUAGACGUGGCAGUUUUAUGUAGCAACUUGUGACUCCCUUGCCCCUGCGUGCGUGUUCUGAUUUCACAGUUGUAUCUCUCGAUUGGUCCCCCAUAUAUAUAUAUAUUUACUUAACCAUUAAAGGAAAAAACAACCAACAACCCAGCUAUGGAAAAGAAAAAGAAAACAACCACCCAAACGACGUUCCCCACGCACUCCCGAGCCCCGACACACAUUCUAAUAAUUUAUAUAUAUAAAUAUAUAUAUGAAGCUCUUAAAAAAGGAAAAAAAAAAAAAAAAAGACAAAAAAACCCUUCCAG